CAUCGAAUUGUUUUAUGUCAAUUUCGUUUAUUUGAAAGCGGGGGAAACUGAAGGUAUUAAAAUAAAUAUAAAAAUGACUCUUUCGAAGGUUUUAGCGAAAUAUUCUAAUAAUAGUGGGAAUGCCGUUUAUGUCCAGAGCUAUGAAUCUCCUGUCGGCAAAGCUAUUGCAGCAGCUGACGACGAUUUUCUAUACACAGUAACUUUUGAGAAUUCCAAAAACUUUGAAAAAUGUUUCGAAACACUUGCCAAGGAACUUUCAUGUAGUUUUAUCGAAAGCGAAAACAAAAUAUUGAAGAGAUUCGAAAAAGAAUUAUCUGACUAUUUUGAAGGUAAAUUGAAAAAGUUUACAGUGCCUACUAAAACGAUUGGUUCUGAGUUUCAGAAGAUUGUAUGGGAGAAACUAAUGGAACUGCCAUAUGGAUCAACACAGACUUACGGUGAUUUAGCAAAAGAUUUAGGCCGUCCCCCAAGCCAUUCCAGGGCCAUCGGAGCAGCCUGUGGUGCAAACUCUUUGCUAAUAGUAGUGCCAUGUCACAGACUUGUAGCUUCGGGAUCCAAAGGAGGAUAUAAUAGUGGAGUGGAUCGCAAAGACAAACUCAUUGAAUUAGAAAAGACAUUUUCAUGAAAUAUUAUUUUUAAGUUUUUACUGAAAAUGUAACAAACUACCUCAAUCAAAUAGUAUCUAGGAUUAACCUCUUGUAUGUAAGACAAUAGAAUAUACAUUGUGUUUCACAUGCAUGCACAUUUCAGCAUAUGACGGGUUAAACACUGAUGUUAAUAAUGGCUUAAUUACAUUUACUAGCUAAACUUUCUCAUGCUUAGAUAUAUGGGUAAUCUCAAAGCGGCUUAAAGAACUAGCAACCCAUAUAUUCAAUUACCUUUCUUUAUAUUUGUUACAUUUAUAUUAAGUGCUAAUAACCUGAUUGUUUUGUUUAUUACCUGACUGUAGGAAGGGUAUUGUUUUUAUAAGUGUAAUCAACACAGAGUACAAAAUAUGUAUAAAAGUGACAAUACAUAAUAAGUUGUUAUAAUAAAUGAUUGGAAAAAUAA